UUGCAUAUUUGAUAAAUAAACAUCUGUGAUUAUUUUGUGUUGUAAAUAAUUUUAUUCAGUGUUAAAUCAUGGAACUACUAUAUGUGAUAGUAGAAAAUUAGUGAUACUGUAUUAUUUAAAUUCAUUAAUAGUAUAAAGUGUACUCCAUUUAUUUUGUGGUUUAUAAACUUAGGAUUUACCUAACCUUAAUGUUCAUAUGAAAAUGUCUCCUGAAAUCAAUGGAAACCCACCAAGUGUAACAAAACGUAAGAAAAACCGCGAUAAGAAUCCUUCCACCAGUAACACAAGUAAUUUUGAUCCAAAUAUGUCUAACUGUAACUAUUUUCCCAUAAAUUCUCAUCCAUAUCAAAAUCUCAGUAUUCCUGACAUAUCGGCUUAUUAUUCUUUUUUAAAUUAUUCGAAUCCGUCUGAACCAAUGUCUUUACCAAUUUAUCCUAUGAAUUAUCCAAAUUACAGUUACCCAAAUUUGAAUUUUAUGGGAAGUGUUAGUACUCCGAAACAUAUGUCAAUGGUAAAUAACAUGUCCCACUUAAAUGGCGAUACAACUGAAUAUUUAAGUCUACCAGUGGUAAAUUCUGAUCAAAAUGAUGAUACAACAAAGAGACGGUUUUCUGACCCAGGGUUGCCCAAUGAAAGCGAUUCAAGUUCCAAUUCAUUUGAGGAUCGUAUAAUACAAAAAUUAACACAACAAGUGAACUCAUUGAAAGAAAACAACAGAAAACUUUCACGUGAAGUUAUGGAAAUGAGAAUUGAAUUAAACAUGAUUAAACAGCAACAGAAUUUAAGACAUUAUGAUCGAGAUUAUGAACCAGGAAUGUUGGCUGAUGUCAUUAGAGAAGUACGAGAUGCAGCUCGUGUUAGAGAGGAUGCACUUUUAGCUAAAGUUAAGCAUAUAAUAGAAGAAAAACAACUAAGCAUGAACCAUAUGAACUUGGUAACGGAGAAAAACAGAAACAAUGACAGGAUAGCCAAAAUAGAAGAGCAGUUGAAAGGCCUUAGUUUAAAUCAAAGAUCUGAAGGUACUGUAACCCCAUCGCCAACGUCUGUAACAGAGGAUAGUUCUAAUACUGCACGUCAAGUACUUGAAUUGGAACGCGAAGCUUUAGAAUUGAGAAGAGAACUACAAGACACGCGAGCAAAAAAGGAAGAAUCUGAACAAAAAUUAUUACAGUUGGAUAAGAAACUCUCAAGCAUUUUGCGGCGUAACGAUAUCAGCACAUCGGAUAUUUCAGAAGAUGGAAAAACUGCCUCUGUCGAAAGUCUCUCUAUUAUAACUACAACUUCUUCUAUAUCUCAAGGUACUCCACGGGUAACCUUGUCAGGACCCGUGACAGAUUUGUAAUUUUUCAUACUUAUGAAAGUUAUUUUAUAAGAAUGUGCCGUAUUAUACAGAGGGUAUCCAAGAAGUCUGUACACAUUUUGAGAGUAUAUUGUAGUUCUCAAAAUUAUAAAGCUGACACAUACCUAUUUUAAAGAACCCAUAAGAAAAUUCCAAUUUUUCCUAUGAAAUUAAGACUGUAUUACAUAGAAAUAUAUAAGAAAUAUUGAAUAUUUUGCAACUAAAAAAAAUUGGUGCAUUAUGUAUUUUCGAUCCAUAAUUGAAAGAUGUGGAAUUUUUAAUAAAGCCAGUUAUUUUAAAGUGCAUUACAUUUAAAUGCAAAAUAUUCGUUUAUACUGGCAUGAUUUUCUGUUUUUAAAAAUGAAAGGUACAUCGUUACUACUGUCAAAGCUUGUAUAGAUUUCUUUCAAAUAAACUCUGUAUAAGAUUUAAAAGACAACUUUGAUCGUAUGUUUUUUUUUAAUAUCAAAUGUCUAAAAGACGUGCCUUAAAGUACAACUUAUAGUAAUUAAUAUUCUGGAAUAUUGUUGCCAUUUUUAUAAAACAACUUCUAUAUCUACCCACAAUCAGAAUUGUUAUUAUACAGCCUUCCAGAAUUCAAAAUAAUGCUAUGUUAUACCCUCGGUUACACCCUCAUAUACUCAUCGUCUCGUAAAGCAGUAAGUAGGUAUUUUGUACAAAUUUUUUGUAAACUAAUACAAAUUUGGAGAUAUGUAUAAAUAACAUGACUUCCCUAAAUGAAAAUAUGUUUUUUUUUUAUUUUCCAUUAAAAGUUUAAUUUCCACUGAAAAACUUCCUUUAUUAAAAUUGACAUGUAAAGUUCAAAUGAGUUAAUUCUGAUUUCUUACAAGGAUAUGACAGUUUAAAGAUGACAUGUUGACAACAAUUUUGAAUAUAUUUUAAACAGUUGAAGGGGUACUAAAUCCAAUUUUUUUCGGUCACCAUUACCUUUUCAUACUACUUUGAACUUACAUUUCUUAAAAAUAAAAGAAAUUUGACAUUUUUUAUCUAGAUAACUAUGAAAAAGUGGGAUCCACGUAAUCCUUCUUUUUAUGAAACUAUAAAUAUGAGUCAUCAUUAACCAAAAACGUGCACCAAAAAUGGUACAAAUGCCUCAUCUCGUUUAGAAGAUAUUAAAAAAAGUCAUCUUCAAGUUGCUAUAUGUAUCUUCGUGAGUCAAAAGUGACUAGUUCUUUUGAAGAGGCACCCUGUAAGAGUAUACCUAGUAAAUGAACAUCUUUAGUAAAAGAGAGAGAAGGGACAUUUAUUGAUUGGUACAAAUUCAUAUUGGAGGUAUAUACUGGAGCAGUUUUUUAAUAAAUUCUGGUAGGCUUGUUAUAAUAAACAUUUUCUGUGUAAGAUAAGUACUUAAAUUCUGAUCAAAAGAUUAAUGUGUGUCCAGGGUAAAAAAUUGUAUCUAAAACUAAAUGCAAGGUAUGUACUGCUUUAUCAACUAAUAACCGGAGAAAUGUCACUUUAGUAUUUAUUGUAGUAAAAAUAUAUUGAAAAAUCUCAAGCAAUCGAAAACGUAUUCCAUCCAAGUAGAUAUGUAGAAAUAUCAUGCCCUAGUAGUGUGCCUUCUAUUGUUAACAUCAUUAGUUUAAAAAUUUUCUUUGUAUUUACAUAGAUACUUCAGAACCUUGGAAACAAAAUAGACAGGUAUGGGAGUUUUUUUUAAUUUUUAUAUCAUUUUAUGUAAGCUUUUAGUUGUAAGUAAUCAAUUAAUUAAUUUGACUGAUUAAUUUGUAACAACAUUGUUUAAAUAUCACGCUAAUAUUUAAAAAAUGUUAAAUAUGAUAAUAAACACAUUUGAUUUGAAUAUUAAUAAUUAAAAAAAUAAUUAAUUUUAAAUUCAGUGUAAAUACAAUCUACUUAACAUUUCCAUAUUACUUGUCAAGAUGAGCAGGAAAUUUAAGUUUUAGUCAAAUAAAGGUAAAAGAAAAAAAUAAUACUUAUAGGAAGUGUUGCACUAAUUGCCAAUAUUCAUUUAAAGCUAUUGAAAAAUUAUUAAGUUAAUAAGAUUUUAUAUGGAACGUUUUUUUUGUUGAAAAAUAUUGAAAACUGUUUUGAAAAAAAUAGUUAAAAAAAUAUUCAAAAUGUUGAUGAUUGUCCAAAUUUUGUUUUCUAUUUAUGUACACAAUUUGCAUAAAAACCACCACAUAGUCUUAUUUUUUAGACAACCUUUUCUUGAUGAAGAUAUUUGUUAAGUAGAGAUAGUGUUAUAAAAAAUAAUUUUACCGAAUAGUUUUGAAAACAUUGUCCUUUUUUUAUUGCCCUCUUGUACCCUAUCUAGAUAUUUUAGAUAAUAGUAAAUUUUAGUACCUUUUUAUAUGUAACAAUAUAUUUUUUUAAUUUGUUAUUAUGGAUAUGUACCUACUUAUAUUUCUGUGGAAAAGCCGAUUAUCAAAAUCGUGUAAUAAAUAAUUAAUUAUGUACACUUUUUAAACAACUUUUUUAAGUAUAUUUUAAAAAUUUAAUUUUGUUCCUCAUUGAAAUGGCUUUCAAUUUCAAUUAUUAUACAUGGUGUACUAAAAAGUCACCUUUAAUUUUGAAAAAUUAUUUGAAAUGCAAAACAUGGAAAAACAUUAAUAAAAUAGUGUCCAGUGGUUUAUCAUGGCAGUCAACAGUAUGAAAUACUUGCGUAAGAUCUAAGUAAUAAUAUCCUGAUUUGAUUUGAACAAAAUCAAAUAGAAUUUUUUGUUUAUUUUAUUAAAAACAAAGAAAAAACUGUAGAUUAUUAUAGGUAAUACACAUUUUACUUUCAGUUUUUUAGUUAAUACUGGUAUACUAUUGUUUCUAAAGAUAUUCUAAGAAGUAAAGUGAUACUUGUAAUUCUUUCCAUAAAUCGAAAUAUUUUUAUCUUUGAACCAAUGUUUGUAUCUCAUUUAUAUAAUUAACGAGAUCCACAGAAAUACUUAAAUUUAUUAAUUCAUUACAUAAAUUCAAUCAACAGCUGAUUUUAUCUUCAUUUAAUAACUUAUGUGAUACAAAAAAAAAUACAUUCCAAAUCGUUCAUUCAUUGUUCUAUCCUAGAUCUGAUUUAUUUUUUUUUGGAUUGUAAUGUUUCGAAUACUAUUUCGAUACUGAUAUUGUAUUAAUUUUUAAUUGGUAAUCCAAUAAUAUUUGCCUAAUGUUUAAUAUUAUUAAAGUG